AUGACUGACCCUUCUUGUCUUCCAUUUAGGUGUGGGAACACUUACUUAGCAGAGAAAUUCCUUCCAUCAACGUCUUCAUGGCUGUUCCCACGAUCUACAGUAAACUGAUAGAAUAUCACGAUCGCCAUUUCACUCAGCCGCAUGUUAAAGACUUUGUACGAGCCGUGUGUCGGGAGCAGAUCAGGUUAAUGGUGUGUGGAUCCUCGGCUCUGCCUGUGCCAGUUCUGGAACGAUGGCUGGAGAUCACCAGUCACACCCUCCUGGAGAGAUACGGCAUGACAGAGAUUGGCAUGGCUUUAACCAAUCCGCUAAACGGACCAAGAGUGCCAGGAUCAGUGGGCAAUCCCUUACCCGGUGUAACAGUCCGUAUCACUACUGAGGCGCCUCAAACCCACGGUGCGUCCUACACCGUCUUUGCUGAAGGAGAUGUCAAUGGAACUAAGGUCUCUCCGGGAUUUCAGGAGAGAGAAGGUGAACUGCAAGUC